CCUGGGCUGCGUGUAGCGGGCAUGUUGACUGUUUCUCUGUCUUCAUUCGCCAGUAGAGUGGUAGAGCUCGCGUGGAUUGGAAGGUAGUAGUAAGUUUGUUUCGGUAGGUGUUUUAGUCAUCACAAAUACCUCGUGUCUGCCAGCAAGUAAGCAAGAAUAUCACGUCUAAGGAGAAGAUAUAGAAAAGUGUGUGUAUUUUUGUUAAAAUAUAUAACAUAAAAAGAAGCUGGGAAAAAAUCACAAAUUUUAUAUAUCUACAUUACUGGCCAUCCGUCCACAGGUCCAAACCGAUAUUGUUAAUCGUUCUCAACAACGGCAGUCCAUAGUUAACUGUUAUGACGGUUAAUAUAUUCGUGAAAUAUCUGCUUCAUGCUUCGCAUGUCUGUACGGCGUGGUAUUUGGAGUGAUGUUUGAGUGUGAUUAUGUGUUCUGAUGAUUCAUAUCUUCUGCGUCGGUUCCUUCCAGAGGGGUUGACCGCGAAGUUAAUAAUUAUGUGUGUAUUCUGGUGUUGUGUCGUAGUCACCAGAUAUUAUUGUGGCUUAUUGUCGGUAAGCCUCAUAGCCAUAAUCUAAAUGGUUCUGAAGGGGAAACAGGUGCGGAGUUCGUAUUGAUCGCUGGGGCUACUGCAAAAGGAGAGGGUUACACCAUGAACCCGCUUCCAGCAGCGAGAGCAACAGCUUCGUGUGUGUAGGCCUACAAGUGUGUGUAUAGUACCCGCCAUGCCAGUAUAACGUGUUUCGGAAGAGCACGUGUGGUGUGGUUCUGUGUUCAAAGCUUUACGUCUGUAUCGUCGCCAUUAUGUCAAUACGUGUUAGUGGUGUGUAUUUGGUUCCGUCGCCAGGACAACCUUCAUCUCCCGAAAAGAGUGAUAGUCCCGGAAGUGGUGGUGUAGUGGCUGUGGUUAAGCCAACGGCUGUAACAAUAGUAACGCCGCAGAGGAGUAACAGUCUGGAUUAUUUGAAUUUUGAAGAGAAGCGGCAGAUAAUUGCGUCUUCGCUGUCGCUUUCAGACUUCUUGCAUCAUGGACCUGCUGCUGCGGCCAAAGGUGUUGCAGCUACAAAAGUCAUCGUUGCAAAGAAGCAGAAUGGCGCGGCCAUACGAACAAACAGUCUGGGAUCAGGAACGAGAACGCCGCCUCUGGAAAGAAAAAGCAAAUUCUCCGCUCUAGGAAGGUUAUUCAAGCCAUGGAAGUGGAAAAGAAAGAAAAAGUCCGACAAAUUUGAAGAAGCUUCAAGAUCCCUAGAGCGGAAGAUAUCCGUACGGGCCAACAGGGACGAACUUGUACAAAAGGGUAUUCUCAUGCCAGAGAGCCCAACUUCCCCACUUCCCGAGCCAGGUGCCGAAGUCACCUCGUCAUUCCCUCCUAAUAGCGGCGCUGUCAUCGUUCCGUCGUCACAACAGCAACAACAGACGCCGCCGCAGCCGUCUGUACCACUGCUGAGUUCCCCGCCCGCCCCCACUACAGAACCGAAAAAGGAUAAGACUGACCAAUCAAAUGGGUCCAUAUCGCCAAGCAGUGAACCACCAGUGGGACCAACGUUGCCGUCCCCAGGAAGUGGUGGAGGCGGAGGGGACCCUGGUUCAGCUGCGGCAAUCGGAGCUGGUAAACUGGAAAGACCGUCAUCUCUAGGGCCAGGAAAGUUGACCAGACGUUUGCUAUGUUACCACAGUGAACACUGCAUGUCUCAUAGCUCACCACCACGUCCCAACAAUUUCACAGCUUCUGCUAGUGCCAGUGCCUCCGAUGGCCAGACAGUGAGUGAUAUGACUCCACCCCCUACAGAAUGCCACCCACAUCCCCAUCAGCACCUUCACCCUAACACCUUGACACUUUCAGAACUGCCAGAACCUCCAAUACCAGUAUCAGAAAUUGGACCCAUUCCCCCUCCACCCAUGUUCAGUUCACCUAGCCCAACUAUGCUCCUUCGCCAGAAGAAUCAGCCAGGGAUGGGAGUGGGGAUUGGAAGUGGAGUGCACAAUGCAAUUCCUCUUGAUCUUUCGGACUUCCUCUAUGAAGAGCAGGAAGAUGCAAGUGGUGAUGCAGAUGAGGAUGAGGAGGAUGAGGAUGGAGAUGCGCGAUACAUGUUCAGAGUGCCACAGCCUGAUCCAAGUAUUGACACCUCUCGUGUGGAGGAGAUUCCAGCCAAGGAGCCCAAGUUCCAUGCCGUACCACUCAAGUCAGCCCUUAAGAAGAAGAGCAGCAGUGGAGGGGGAAGUGGACCUGGCACGCCUCAGAACACUCCUACACAGGAGAGCCGCCCUCUUGCAGUGCGGCAAGAACAUCAUGCCUCAUUCAAAAGGCCUUCCUCUGUUCCAAGAGUAAGAAUAAGCCUUGCUGUUGGUAGCACACGUCCGGUGCGGUUUGGCAUUUCAUUGCCAUGUGGCAUGGAGAACAAAGAGAAUACCCGUCCGGCAUACAUUAUCCGGGAGGACACAGACAGUGAUUCAGGUGAUGGACCUGUUCUUUACAGAGACGACGAUAACGAGGAAAGUACGUAUGGUCGUCUGGCAGCAAAGAUUGCAAGGAAGGACAGCCUGGCACUGAAACUAGCAUUGCGUCCUAAUCGCCAAGAACUGAUAGCACGCAAUAUCAUCCAUGAGGAGAGUGAAAAUGAAAGAAUGGAGAAUAAAGAGGCCAUAGGUGCCAGGCUUAUCAGACGAUUGAGUAUGCGACCAACUCAGGAGGAGCUGGAAGAAAGGAACAUUCUUAAAAAGCAAAGUGCUGCAGAGGAAAAGAAAAUGAAGGAAGAGAAGAAACGAAUGUUGCUGCGGAAACUGAGCUUCAGGCCAACAGUGGAAGAGUUGAAAGAAAAGAAGAUCAUCCGAUUUAAUGAUUAUAUUGAGGUAACUCAAGCCCAUGAGUAUGACCGUCGUGCUGAUAAACCCUGGACAAGACUUACACCGAAGGACAAAGCAGCCAUUCGUAAGGAGCUGAACGAGUUCAAGAGUUCAGAGAUGGAGGUGCAUGAAGACAGUCGGCACCUCACCAGAUUUCAUAGGCCAUGACAAUUGCAAAGCCUAGGGAAAGAGAAGUACUGGGCCAUGGCUGGGCUGAGGCUGAACAUGCGUGUAAUGGUGGCGGGUGGGAGUGUUGCACUUCUGACUGUGGCAGUGAUGCAGGAGUGCUUAAGCCUGCUGGGAAUCAAAGGGUGUGGGUAGUGGUGUAGAGGGCUGGGUUCAUGCUGCCAAUGAUACACCACCAAGUGUCUCAAGAAACUCGUCACAAUCAUGCAUACUCAACUUUGCUGCAAUUAUGUACAGAAGUGUCUUUUUUUAUUAAAUCGAAUCACCUCUGUUGAAUACUUAUUCUUUCAUAUAAAUAGUGCAGAUUUCUGUGUGUAAAAAAGCGGUAAAAUUUAAUAUUUUCUGUGUACAUAAAGCUGUUACAAUGUGUCAGUACAGCCAUUUUUUAAAUGUGGCUGUAAAUGAAGUAGUGCUUUUUUGGCACACCUAUGACAGACUUUCUGUUCGUAACUUGAAUCAGAAAUUUAUUUCUUAAGUCUUUUUCUACAAGAGAAAUAAGAGUUAAUGAUGAAAGAAGGCACGUGUCGGACAAAACAAAUUGAGGAUGAUGCUAUCCAAAUUGAUUUGCCAUUGAAGGUGGGAAAGCCAUUGAUGAACUAUGGUUGUGCUAUUUCUUCACACAGCUGUUAGGAUUAUACUGGCAACCCUCCUAAUAGAAAGCCAUUCUUAUAUCUUUUUAAUUGAUACAUACAGUAAUUAUAUUUUGUCAUGUAAAUAACUAUUAAACUAUACUGCAAUUAUGCAACUGUUGAUAAAAAGCUAGGUACAGUAGACUUUACAACAGUUUUGGAUGACAGACAUAACUGUUCAAAGUUCAAAAUGUAGAGAGACCUAUACUCAAGAUCUCCCAAAUUCCAGAAGUUUGUAUAUAGUUAACUGAAUUUAUCAAUAUCAGUUAGUUGCAUUCCCAGAAAAAAAAAAGAAAUUUUUUAUAUAAAAGAAAUCUAUGUUGCCAAAACAAGUAUUGUGUAUUUUAUGGGCAGUAAAAUUUUUGUGAGUAAUUUUUAGAUCAGUUGAACGAUACAUACAUAAAUAAACUGUUUCGUUAUUAAUGCUAUUGGUAAUGACACUGUUAUUACUAUUAACUUCGCAAUACAGUAUUUGAUUUUCAAACAAUAUGUGUAAUUAUUUAGUGAACCAGAACAAAUCAUCUUUUGCUGGAAUUUCAGCUUAAAGUGCAGAUCUGUUUUCAUGAUUAAAUAAGUGAACUUUUUUCAUCA